AUGGCAAGAUUCAAGGGGAACAAGUCCAAGAACAAAGAAAAGAGGCCUCGAGGCGGUGGGUUUGGUUUCAACAAGUCCAGGGAGCUGAAAGAGUUUGAGGGCCGUGUACCCGACCAUGAUGCUCCUCGUCAGCCGCCCAUCACUCAACACACAAUGCAAGAAGAAGUUGUUAUCGUCAAUAAUUCGGUGGAUACGCUUAAUCAGCCUUCCACAUUCGAUCAGCUGUCUCGUAUUUCCAUGACUCACCUCACACGCAGCCAUGUGGAUGCAGAGGAGCUGGAUGAACUAGCCGAGGACUUGGACUUCUUCUUUGAUUCAACCCCUCAGCCUGUAAGCCAUCAUAUCAAACCAGAUUUAUCACACACCAAACAAAAGACUUCACCAACAAAGUCGCAUGAAUCAGAUACCAAGACAGCAGGCAACUAUCAGAGCAAGAAACGCAAAAUCAUCCAAGAUGAAUCCAUUUACAUUGACAGUGAAGACGAUCAAGACGAUGCAUUAUCAAUCAGUAGUAGUGAAGAUGUCAGUAUGUUGGAUGCAUUAGCGCAUUGGGGCAGCAACAGUGCCUUAUUUCACGAAGAGCCCGCAGGACACCGUUUUCAGAGUGAUGAUGAGGAAGAUUAUGCCAUAUUAAAGAAUACACCCAUAAGCGACAUUUUCGAUUCAGAUCAAGACAUUAUUACUACACUGGAUAGCGAUGAAGAGCAAGCAACAGCAAACACAUUUAAUUGGGAUUUGGACGACAGUUUGAACGUGCCUGAUCAUAUGAAGCAUAGCUAUCGAGCUGUGCUCAAGGAGGAGCAACGAGGCCUGUUAAAAAAGCAAAAGAAACCAAAGUACAAAGCGUCCAGGAUCCGUGCAGUGAAGGGCAAAUCGAAGAGGAAGAAUCUUAUUGAUAGGAUUACAGACGAAUUUGUGUCAAAACCCACUGUUUCCAAGUACCUCCUGGCAGAUUUGACACAUCUCGGUCGGCACACUGUUGUACCAAAGCUGGCUAAACUGUUCAAACUCAAGAUUGUGGAGGAGAGGUCCAGUGAAACCAUUGUGGAAUUGCGCAAAACACCAAUGACCCCCACAUAUAAAGACCUGAAGAGGCCUAAAAGAAGAGCAAUUCAGACAGAGACGACUAGGCGUGUUAAAAAGAGAGUCUCCAACAUCCAAAUCAAGGAGGAUGCUAAUCAUGGCAAACAAGUGGCAUCCAGCUCUGCACCUAUCUCUUCCAGCAAUGUUGGGCAUCGCAUGCUGGCGGCCAUGGGUUGGAAAGAAGGGGAGGCAAUUGGUAACAACGAAAAUGGCAUCAAGGAACCAGUUAAGGUUUAUCUAAGAGCCAAGCGAAGGGGAUUGGGCGCUUAA